AUGAUGGACAUUACCUUGGGAGUUUCACGCGUAUGCACUUCUUGGUUUCUUGCCUCUCACAACAAAACUUUGUGGAACACUGUAGACCUUACUAAGCUCAAACAAGUGGACUUCUCUUAUUUUAUGGAGUAUAAGGAUCGAGUCCGACCAAUCAUCUUCUUCGAGCACCGGGUCGACGAAGAAGUAGCUAAAGGGCUAAGCUUUAGGAGUAUUUUUGUUAAUGUCAGCAAAUUCUUUUGUGACUAUAGUGUCUUACACCUAACUCUUAUGAAUCUACUAGACAAGAUCACCAAGUUGAGCCGCAUGGCCCCGAAGAAUUUGUUCUUUCACUUCAAUUCUUAUAUACAAACGGAGGAUCUCAUGUUCGCUGCUGAGAGGAUGCCAAACAUAGAGAAACUUGUGUUACCGGUCUGGUGCUAUAAAACCAAGGAGUCAUUUCAGUUUGCGUUCAGUCGAUGGAAGAAUCUUAAAACACUAAUCAUCACUCAAGAUUAUCAGCUUUGCACCGGGACAUUCGACUUUCAAGCCGUGGGAGAAAACUGCAGUAAUCUUACAAACUUCAAAUUUAUGGGUUAUUUGCAAGAGACCACUGCUGAGCAAAUCGCCCUGUACCUCCAGAACCUCGAGAGGUUGAGUUUACGAUGCUCUUACGUCACGACUACAAGAGUUUUAUCGCUAAUCACAGGCCUCCAAAACCUAGCGAUUCUUAAUCUCUCACAUUGCGUAUACUUGGGUCUGGAUCCUGACACAGUGCCUGAUGACUAUUUUGUACAAGCCCCCACUCAGAAGCUUGAAAAAUUCAUCAAGUGUACUCAAGAUUGUAAAACUUGCAAAGAUCAAAAGCGCUACUCCUGGUCGUAUCUCUCGAAAGAUUGGCAGAUGAUGAGAUAA